AUGCUACAAAAAUUUGAUAUGCUUCAUUGUAAACCAGCAAAUACACCAGUUCUUCAUGGUCCAAGAGUAUCCAUUUCUACUGGUACAUUGUUAACUGAUGUGACUGGUUACAGAAGCAUGAGGAUAUUCAGGUGCUUAAAGGGAACUAUAGGCACUGGCAUUACAUUAGUUCCAGGUGAUACUUCUUUCAUUACUGCUUAUGUUGAUUCUGAUUGGGCAGGGUGUCCAGAUACUAGGAGAUCAACUUCAGGGUUCUGCACUUUUCUGGGUUCAUACAUAAUUUCAUGGUCUUCAAAGAAACAACCUACAAUCUCCAGGUCAUCAGCUGAGGCAGAAUACAAAUCCAUGGAUGUUGCUGUUGCAUAA